UGACGAAGCAAGCUAGUAACGUUCCGCUCAAUUUAAAACUCUACCAUUCCGCGUGGGCGCUUUUAAACGCCUCAGGCUCUUGAGCAACGGCUUUUCGGACCUUUUCGUUGCUCAUCCUAUUUGAUCAAUACCUAUUUUGCUAUUUCCAAUUACUUGGGUUGCAUAUUCUCAAGAUGUCUCAGGAUAUCGACACUUUUUCAUCGCCGAGCAGCAAAGGCUCUACUUCACCACUCCCCUUCUUCCAGACAAUCCUUGUAUACAUGAAAAACAAACCUGAGGUUGACUGGAAUCUCGUUGCUGAAAAGGCAGGGUACAAGACAGGCAACUCAGCCCGUACCAGAUAUCAGCAGCUCAUGAGAAAGUUCACCGAAGACGAAGGUGGUAUGAGCCGUCCGCAGGCAAUGUCACAGCGCCAGAUGCCGACGUUCGUCACCGGAUCCAUCACCCGUCCAACACCUUCCAAGAAUGGAGGGAAAGUGGACGAAAUACGACGGAAGAUCAAGAAGGAAGAAGGUUUUGAGAUAGAGAGUGACGCGAACCUUGAUCUGGUCGAGAAGGAACGGGGGUCUGCGUUUGGCAAGAAGCAUGACAGCGACUCGUAUGUUGAGGAAAGCGGUUUGGAAGAUUGGGUUUAAAUAACUUGUCUCCAAGAAACAUUGGACAUCCCUUCUGAUACCUGCGAUAUAUAUAUGCAAUACACCUUUAUGUUGUGA